CAUUCCAUUCGAAUUUCUUUGAAGCGAUUGUUUUGGCUUACCUUUGUCUACAAUCAGAGUUUACAGUCAGUGCGGAUUCGUUCGUUGAAAUAGCAAGAUCACUUAAAUUAUACUUGGGAGAUAGCUGUUUUGGACGGCAUUAACGGCAUUGUUACUAAUAUUAAAAACACAUUGAACGAAAGAGAAGUUGUAGCAAGCUAAUUGAAGAAAUAAUAUGCAUCACCAGAUAUUGUUGUUUGUUAUAGUGACACUGAGUUGUUUAUUUUUCUGUGAAGCGCAAACAGAUAAAAAGCAAUGUGCAAAAAAUAAUGAAUAUUGUCUUACUCAUCGAGAUUGUUGUUCAGGAAGUUGCUUAAGCUUCUCAUAUAAAUGCGUACCUGUGCCAGCAAGUGCUUCUGAAGGAUUUAUAAGCGUUCCAGUGAAGCCAGUUCCAAUUGAUACUGCAAAUCGUUUCGGAGCAGAUGAUGGUGGUGCAAGUUUAACCCAAAAGACAUGCGCUCUGAACGGAGAAUAUUGUUUGACACAUAUGGAAUGUUGUUCAGGCAAUUGUUUAACUUUCUCUUAUAAAUGUGUGCCACUGAGUCCAUCUGGUUCUGCCAUCACUGUGCCACUCUAUUCAACACCACAGACCUCAACGGUAAACUUUACGAAUCGAAUAGGCGAUGAAACUUCCUCUAUUUUAACAACAACACAUACUUCAUUUCCAAACGUGUGUGCUAAAAUUGGUGAAUAUUGUUUAACAUCUUCGGAAUGCUGCUCCAAAAGUUGUUUAAGUUUUGCAUAUAAAUGCGUCAACAGAUAUGACCUUUCAGUCGUGGCAGAUCCAAAUCUACCUGUAACAUCAAUUUAUACUUCCAAUCGUUUUGGGGGAACAGUAGACGAACCAAGCACAGGAACACCCAAGUGCACAUCGAACGGCUUAUUUUGUGUCCACAACAAAGAAUGCUGUUCCGGAGCAUGCUAUAAAUCUGUGUGUUCAACAGAGAUCCGUGUUGGUGUGCUGGAAUCAGAGUUAACUCGUCCGUCGGUUAUAAAUGGACCAUAUAUUCAAGUACAAAAUUUAGAUGACCUCAUUACCCGUUACAGUGUACAAAUUUCAACGACAGAGCAAAGCGUUACUCCUAUAGAAGGGCGGUGUAAAGUUAUUGGUGAUAGCUGUACCCGUCAUGAAAAUUGCUGUUCUUCAAACUGUCAUUCAUACAGGGGAAAGUGUGUUACCUAAAUUAAACUUUAUAUCAAUUUUGAAAAAAUAAAAAUUUACUAAUAAAUAAAAAUAAA